AGCGUGUGAGUGAAAUGUUAAAUAUUGAAAAUAUUGUGGUGGUGGACAUUCCUUAAUUACCUGUUCAAAUGAUGGGAAUGACCACAAAAUAAAAAUUAAAUACGCAUAAAACAGGUUUUACUGUUCAUUUCCGCGGUAUCUAAACAGUCUAUACGAACAUCAUCUCUUAUUCGCUGUUGAGCUUUCAAGAAUCUUGCAAUAUAAUAGAUCAUGAACCUGGUGUUUGUAAAAUUUCUUUUCUUACUGCAAAUCUCACGUUGUGUCACGGAAGAUAGCAUAUUAUUCCGGGACGAAAGCUUCGAGGAAAAUAGUUCAUGCCGCACAUCUUCUGGAGAUGGUAUUUGUGUAUUUGCGGAAAGAUGUCGCAUUUCCAGUGGAGUGAUAUCCAAUACAUCACCGACAAUUUGCUAUUUUCAUGAGCAUCACAUCCCUGUGAUAUGUUGUCCAAAACAAAAUGUGGUCAGUGAUAUAAAUACAGAAGGAAUACUGAAUUUGAAUAAGUUACCAACAUCACCUAAUGCUUCAUCAGAAAGUAAUAAAGUUACCUCACUACCAAAUAUACUCGAUACGACAAAAUCUCCUGUCUCCUCGACGGAAGCCUUACAGCAUUUAGAGAGAUUGAGUAUUUUAAAGUGCAGAGAAUAUAGCCAUAAUUUUACUGAGGAGAAGAAGACAUAUUUUGGUAUUGUAUUAGGAUCAAAUGCAGUACAUGGGGAAUUUCCUCACAUGGCAGCAAUUGGAGAAGAAUGGGAAAAUCAAAUUAGAUUUUACUGUGGAGGAAGUUUAAUAAGUGAGAAAUAUAUCUUAACAGCGGCCCAUUGUCUAACAAGGAAUAUCCCUAAGAUUAUUCGUUUGGGGGACAUAGAUCUCUCUACAGAUGAAGACAACGAAAAUAAGGUUCAGAAUUAUGGAAUAGAAAAAAUAUUCAUUCAUCCUGAGUAUCGAAGUUCAUCUGUCUACAACGAUAUUGCACUGAUUAAACUUAAUGAUUCAGUGAAAUUUACAUUUAAUGUUCGACCAGCCUGUCUAUAUAUUUCAGGAAUUUUUGAUAAUAUUGACAUAUUAACAGCUACAGGAUGGGGUCAUACAUCAUUUAUUGGAGAGAGUUCGCCAAUUUUGCAAAAAGUCUAUUUGAACACAUUUUUGUUUGAAGAGUGUUCCAAGCACUAUCUCCCAACACGAAGACUUCAACAGGGUCUCCGGAAGAAUACACAAUUUUGUGCAGGAUCAUCGACAACUAUGAAGGACACUUGUCAAGGUGAUUCAGGUGGACCCCUAUCAAAACCCGAUUAUCAGUUUGAUAUUUUUGUUAAUAUACAUUAUAUUGUGGGUUUGACAUCUUUUGGACGAUCAUGUGGUGCACAGAUACCAGCCGUUUACACCAAUGUGACUUCAUACAUCGAUUGGAUUGAAGGAAUAGCAUGGAACUAAAUAUAACACAGAUGCUAAAUUCUUCUUUAUAACAUGAUAAAGUGAAUAAUAAAAAUUAUUUUUUUAUGAACCAUGUAAAACGAGU